CUAAGGUCCUCCUGUUGGCCUUCAUGUGCUGGAGGUCCGUGACUCCUCCGUCGUGGUCCUGUGGGAGCCACCUGUAUUCAAUGGUCGCACUCCUGUCAAUGGCUACUAUCUGGACGUCAAGGAGGCAUCUGCCGGACCGGAAGCCUGGAAGGCGGUUCAUGAGAAGGUCAACAGGGGGAAAUACAUGAAGGUGACGGGGCUGAAGGCUGGUACAUCCUACGUCUUCCGUGUGCGUGCUCAAAAUCUCGCUGGAGUUGGAAAGCCCUCAGCAUUCUUAGGUCCAAUCCUGGCCCAGACUCGCCCUGGCACCAAAGAAAUUUAUGUGGAUGUGGAUGAUGACGGUGUGAUCUCUAUGGUCUUUGAGUGCUCUGAGAUGAAGGAAGGCUCUGAGUUUGUUUGGUCCAAGAAUUACAAGACUAUUACAGACACCUCUCGCCUCACUAUAAUCACCGAAAAGGGCAA